AAUCAUUAAUCGAAUUGCUGUGUAUUGGCAUCUAGGUUUUAUAACUUAAAUUAAGGAUUAAAAUCUCCCAAUUGAAAUGUCUACAACACAAGAUAAACUGGCAGAGUACAGAGCAAGAAAGAAGGCUGAAUUUGAAACAUGUAUGCCAAACUUUUCAAGACCAUCCAGAACAAAGAGGGAGAAUGCUGUUGUUGCAUUGAUUAACCGCUGGAUAAGACGUGCAUUGAAUAGUCGGUUGUUUUUGAUGAUAAAAGACAAAGUAUCCAGUUUACCUGUGAUAGGAAGACCAUUUGUGUUAAAGCUGGUUUUGUGGCUUAUUCUUUUUGGGCUUUUUGUUGAGCUGGAGUUUGGGAUGGUGUUUUGUAUUUUGUCUGCAUUUGUUUUUAUUUACUUCAACACAUCUACAAAUAGGAGGCGUAGUAAUGAGCUGAGUGCUUACUCCGUUUUUAACAAAAACUGUGAGCGACUGGAUGGUACAUUUACUGCUGAGCAGUUUGAAAGAGAAUUGAGACAUGGUCCGUCCUCCACUUAGUAUGAAAAUAUGUUUAUUCGGGUGUUUUUAUUUAUUAAAAAGAGAUGCAAAGCACAUAUUGUAAAGUGCAAUUAUUUAUAUUUAAUAGGAGAGUCAUUUUCGGUCAGUGCACUUUUUGGUGUUGUAUUUAUGUAUAUAUUUCGAUAUAUAUGUCUUAUGUUACGUUAUUAAGUCAAAUACCGGUAGUAUAACUAUUGUUUAGGGAUAUUGAUUUAUCACAUUUCUUACUGUAUUAAUUCAUCUUUUAGUUUAUUUGUGGUUGUUUUAAAUAUGUUCACUUGGCGUUUUAAACUGUCCACGGAUGCUUUUAUGUA